CCGCAGACCACCGUCUCGCCUCCUCCCCCGCCGCGACUACCGACGCGUCGAGCCAUUCGCUCAUCCCGUUGCAGCGAGCAGCUUGCUACUCGCGAGGACGUUGUGUCCUCUCUUCUGGACUUGAGCAUGCUCCAGGCUCGUCAGGAGCGACUCACCCUCCAUGUCGCUGCACUGCGUCGCCUUCUCGCCAUCCUCUCUGACCCUGAUCGCACCCUCCCGAUCAUCCCCGUACGACUCGGGACCUCCACGAGGGUGUACUCAGCGCUGUGGGAUUCCGGUUCUCAGGGCGACUUCAUUCACCCACGCGUGGUGAAGGAAGCCCGCUUACCCACGACAGGGUCUCCGACUCCCAUCUCUGUUACCCUAGGGGAUGACAAGACCCAGCGCUUCUUCGAUCAGACAGUCAUCGACCUCCCCUUCUUCCUCACUCUCGAGCCGACUGAGCGUUCCCCGGCGUCUGGUCGCCUCCGCUCCUCUGCACAUUUCGAUGUGAUGGAGACGGGGUACGACUUCAUUCUCGGCACUCCGUGGUCUCGUCGGUUCCGCAACACCGAGGCCGAUUGGGCGACCAACACUCUCGUUCUCAAAACGAAGUGUGGACAGACGUAUCGCGUACCUUUCAUAGGUACCACGGCGACACCACGCCCCGAUCCUCCUCCCCCGGAGCCUUCAGUGCCCACACCAUCUCCCUCUCUCACUGUCACCUCGCCUCGGCAGUUCACUCACUUCAUUCGACAGGACGACGUCACCUUCUUUAUGGUGGACGUGACGGAUCUCUUACACUAUGAUCCACCCUGUCCCGACGCCGAGCUCAUCCCUCUGGAGCCAGAUCCUCCCUCUAUCUCCAUGGCUCUCAUCUCUACUUUCGUCCCUCCGCCGUCCGUCGAGUCCACCCCGCCGUCGCUCGCUGACGCUGACGCUGAGGAACUCGCACGAUAUACAAAUGACUUGGAGCCCGCAGUUCGUGACCUCAUCCGAGAGUACCACGACGUUUUCCCAUCGUCGUUCUCAUACGCCGACAUCCCACCGAUGCGUGACGUCGAGCACUUCAUUCAGCUCGUGCCUGACUAUCGUGUUCACCACCAGGCACCCUACAGACUCUCGAUCCCCGAGGCCACUGAACUCAAGCGUCAGCUUGAGGAGCUUCUGAGACUGGGUUUCAUUAAACCCAGCAACUACCCGUGGGGUGCACCCGUCCUCUUUGCUCGCAAAGCGGAUGAAACUCUUCGUCUCUGCAUCGACUACCGCGGCCUCAACCGCUACACGGUUAAGAACAGCUACCCCAUGCCUCGUUCCGAUGAGCUGUUCGACCGCCUAGCAGGCAACCGCUUCCUUACGAAGAUUGAUCUUCGUAGCGGUUACCAUCAGAUUCACGUCGCUGCAGCCGACCAGCCGAAGACCGCGUUCCGAUCGCGAUUCGGCCACUACGAGUUCACGGUGAUGCCAUUCGACCUCACCAACGCACCCGCUACCUUCCGGAGGGCGAUGAACAACAUCUUCAGGGACAUCCUGGAGCAGUACGUUCUCGUCUACCUCGACGAUAUCCUGGUCUACAGUCGUACCCUUGAGGAGCACCUGAGACACCUCCGCGACGUCCUUGACCGCUUGAGCAGACAUGGCUUCUACGCCGAGCUAAGCAAGUGUCGCUUUGCCCAGCAUAAAGUGGAUUUCUUAGGACACUACGUGUCUGACCAGGGUCUCCACAUGGACGACGCGAAGAUCACUGCUAUUGCGGAGUGGCACGCUCCCACAUCCGCCAAGCAGCUUCGCAGCUUCCUAGGCCUGACCAGCUACUAUACUAACUUCAUCCUGGGAUACGCUAGGUAUUCCUACGUCCUUACCUCCACCCUCCUCUGGAAGAACCCACCCUGGGCUUGGACACCCCUCCACGAGGACGCCUUCCGCGCCCUCAAGAAGGCGGUGACAUGCACACCAGUUCUUCACCUACCCGAUUUUGACCGCCCUUUUAUCCUUACCACCGAUGCGUCAGACUUCGCUGUAGGAGCAGUGCUUUCUCAGGUCUUCCCCUCAUCUCCUGAUUCCUCUAAUCCUCGUAUCCCUCGCUUCCAACCACCUACCCCUACCACUGCUUCCCAACUGACGCCUACUCGUCAAGCUACUGACGAGCCUUCUAUUGACUAUUCUCCUACCAUCGCCGAGGACGGCACUGUCGACUCUUGCUCAGGUGAUUGUCCGAUAGCCUUCUACUCCCGUCAUCUCCUGCCCGCCGAGAUAAACUACACUGCUGAUGAACGUGAGGUUCUCGCAGUAGUUUAUGCUGCUCGGCACUGGCGUCACUAUCUGCACGGGGCACCAUUCACGGUGCGCACAGACAACUCUGUUGUCCAGGCUUUUCUGACAAAGUCGAAGCUCACUCCUCGACAGGCUCGCUGGUGACGCGACCUAUCCGAGUUUAGUUUCACCAUUGAGCACAUCAAGGGUGAGACUAAUCGGGUCGCCGAUGCCCUAUCCCGG